AUGCAAUUCAGAACAGAUAACCCCAUCCAAUUCAAAGAUACCAACCUUUUCAAACCAAUCCAACUUGGUUCAAUUGAACUAAAACAUAGAGUUGUCUUAGCCCCCUUAACCCGUGGUAGAAGUGAUAACUAUACCCCCACAGCACAAAUGAUUGAAUAUUAUAAUCAAAGAUCCCAAAAACCAGGUACUUUAAUAAUUACAGAAGGUACUUUCAUUUCACCAGAAUCAGGUGGUAUUAAAGUUGCCCCAGGUAUAUUCACCCAAGAACAAAUUGAGGCAUGGAAACCAAUUCAUAAAAAAAUUCAUGAUAAUGGAUCUUUUUCAUUUCAACAAUUAUGGAAUUUAGGUUGGCAAUCAUGGCCUGGGGUGUUAGCUAAUGAUGGAUUAAAAUUUGUUGGUGCUAGUGAUGAUAAUUAUAUGGAUGAGACAAGUAAACAAGCUGCUUUGGAAGUUGGUAAUCCUAUUCAUGGUUUAACAAUCCCAGAGAUCAAAGAACAUGUUGGUAAUUAUGUUAAAGCUGCUGAAAAUUCAUUAGAAGCUGGUGCUGAUGGUGUAGAAAUUCAUAGUUGUAAUGGAUAUUUAUUGAAUCAAUUUUUGGAUACAAAUUCCAACAAGAGAACUGAUGAAUAUGGUGGUUCAAUUGAAAACAGAUCAAGGUUUAUCUUAGAGAUCAUUGAUUCUGUUAUUGAUGCUAUUGGUGCUUUUAAAAUCGGUGUUAGAUUCUCACCCUUUGGAGUUUAUGGAAAUAUGAAUGGUGAUAAAAAUCCAAUGAUGAUUGAAUUAUAUUCUUAUAUAUUUGAUCAAUUAGAAAAAAGAGCUCAAGAUGGUAAGAGAAUAACUUAUAUCCACAUAGUUGAACCAAGAGUCACAUCAUUUGUUGAUGAUGAAGGUGUUAAUGAAUCUCAAGGUUCAAAUGAAUUUAUUUAUAAAUUUUGGAAAGGUUUGGUCAUUAGAGCUGGUAAUUAUGCUUUAAAUCCUGAGAUUGCAUUGAAUGAUAUCACUAACCACCCAAAUACAUUGUUAGCUUAUGGUAGAACUUUCAUAUCAAAUCCUGAUUUACCUGAAAGGUUAGAAAAAGGGUUACCUUUAACCAAAUAUAAUCGUGAAACUUUUUAUACACCUGGUGAAGAAGGAUAUAUUGAUUAUCCAAGGUAUAGUGAUAUGGAACAACAUGAAAAAUGGUGCAUUAUCUAA